UGGGUUUAUUAUAAAUUCUUAUUAAAACUGAAUAUGUCAAUUAUUGGCGACUACUGACUUAUUAAAGACCUUGGCCAAGGCUAUUUUUCAAGAGUCAAGUUCGCACGCAAUUUGAAAAACAACCGAUCGUGAGCUCUUAAAAUUAUGCCCAGGAGCCGGAAGUAUCAGAAUAUCCGAGAUGUUUACCUUAAUGAGAUCGAGCUACUGCAACAAGUAGACAAUUCACAUGUUAUCAAGAUGUAUAACUUUAGUAAGACUAAAAAGUCAGCUUGAGUAAAGGCUCCUAAGCCAGUUCCAAUCUAUAUGAUAGAGUUGGAGUAUUGUGCUAAUGGAGAACUCUACCAACUGAUCGAGUCAACGGGCAAACUAUCUGAUAAAGAAGCGCGGAAUUAUUUCCAACAACUAAUAAGCGCGGUUGAUUGCAUCCAUAAGCUUGGUUAUGCUCAUUCAGAUAUAAAAGCUGAAAAUAUGCUUUUGGAUGAAGAAUACUAUUUAAAAUUGGCUGAUUUCGGAUUCUCGACAAAAUACGAAAUUUUGAAUGAAAGAGUAGGAACUUACUCUCAUAUGGCUCCUGAAAUUAUCAAUAAAGACCUAUACGACCCCAAAAAGGCUGAUCUGUUUGCUUGAGGAGUUGUGCUUUUUAAUCUAGUAAUGGGCACUCUCCCAUUUGUAGCCGCAUCUCCUAAGGAUAAGUGCUAUAACAAGAUAAUUGAAGGCGAUUAUGAAAGUUUCUGGGAAAUUCAUGAACAAUCUCACCACUCGAUCUGAACUAAAAAUUAUGCAUCUUUUCAAGAUCUUUUCAUUAAAAUGGUUCACCCAAAUGUAGAAGACAGGCCUAACUUGGAAGAUAUCAAGGAGCACGAAUGGUUUAAUGCCUGAAUGAUAGAGAAGGAAGAACUCAUAGCUAACAUGAAAUUGAAAUCUAAAGCUGCCUGCGAUGUAUCAGAAAUUCUUCCCAGCAAAGAGUUCCUGUUCCAAAAUUUUAAAAUUCCUAACGAUGACGACAUUUCCCUUUGUAAAAGAUUCAAGAAGAGAGGGAUGCAGAUUAAGAAAUACUCUGACUAUUUCAUGUUUGAAACAGGCAAGGUGCUCCUCUCGGCAAUUAUUUCAUUUGCCGAGUUACAGGAACUGUGCUACACCAAGGAUUGUAAUAAAUCUACAGUGCUCUUAGAAUCAAAUACUGAUGACGUAAAUGUUUCCAUAAAGGCUAAUGUGGUUGACAACCCUUCAUGCCACACGCAGUGUAUCGAAUGCAUUAAGGUGAGUGGUGAGAAUACCACAUUCAUGAAGCUUUUCCAUCAGCUCUGUCAAUAUGUGACUUCUUUAAGUACUAACAAAACGGAGUAGAUCUCCCAUUUCUCUUAAUUCUUCCUCUUUAAGUUUUAUCUAGGC